UUCAUGCAAAUUUAUAACAAACUAAGUCGAGUAGCAAUGCAAUUUCUUUUCUUUCCUUUUCUGUUCUUUUGAGGGAAGAAUUUCAAUUCUUUCCUUAGUUUCUCACAACUAAGUGAUUUUGCAAAAAUAUAUGUUAGCACGUAAUGUAUUGAAAAAACAAGAAUAAUGUAACGUGUAUAUAUAACUUACCACAUUAUUUUAACUAAAAAUGUUAUUUGACAUAAGUAUAAAUGUUCGGUAUAAAUUUAACAACAUUAAAACCUGCUAUGCUGUAGUAUGUCCCUAUAAAUACCUACUGCUUGCUAGAUUUUGGUGUCUAUUCAAAUGUGUGUAGUAUCAAAUUAGAAAUAAUGAUGCAUUUCUGCCAUAAUACUUGACUCUUGGUUAUUGCCUAUCCAUUGUAACCUGGUUACAUAGUAGUAUUAGUAGUAAUGCUUGAUGGAAAUCGUUGGAUGGAUGAUGGUCAGUGUAUAGUCGUGGUUACUUGUAAGAGGAUGUUUCUAUGGUGGUACUUCUGGUCGAUCUGAGUAUUAAUGUUACUAUAUCUGCUAGUUAUUUUUGUUGACAUCCUAUGUGGCUGUGCUUGAUGAAUUAGCCAUGUUUUAUGUUUUUGAACCGACCUGUUUUGUUUUUCUUGGCCGCUGGCUUUGUCAAUGGUAUAGAAGUAGUCGCAACCGAAAUCAAAUAGACCUAACUCGGGUGUUAUAAUUGGCCCUUCAACAUCCAUCUUUGCUAGUUUCAUGUUUGCCAUGUGUGGCACUGAUAUAUUAGCUAAUUUACCAUGUUUGCCAAAUGAUUAAGGAGAUGACAAUGUAGAUUAAGUAGAUGUGUCAUUCUUUGUCUAUCUACUAUUAGAUGUGCCCCUCCGUUUACUGCAGGCAGAAACUCUCUUUUUUAUCAUGGUUGGAUUAUGAUAUCAGUGUGAUGUUGCAUUUUUAACAUCCUCUUUUUUUACGUGCAAUGAUAGUUUUUUGUGCUCAGUUGAUAGUUGACUAUUUUUCUUCAAAAUUCUUGUUUCUUUCUAUAGGGGGAUGUAAACAGAGAUACAAACCGUAAAAAUUCAGAGAGCAAUAUCGACCUUGAAGACAUGGACCAAACUUUUCAUUGCAAGGUUUCCGAAGAUGAGGACUCUAAUAUUGAUUUAACUGAAACAGAAGCAUCAGAUGGAAUGUUGAUUGAUGGUAUCAGAAAAAUGCUGCAAAAGAGUGAUGGGAGAAAACAUGAGAGGAGGAAUGUUUUGAAGAAGCAAAGCAGAAAGAGGUCAAGGGCUCAGAUGGGAGCAGCCCAACAAUGUUUGAAUAAAGGAAGAGCAAGUGCGUAUAGCAGGUUUAGCAUAGGGUAUUUUGCCAAGAUAGUUGAUAGUGUUUGCAAAAGCAAUUACAGAAUGGAGCUUGUGAGGAACGCUGGAUUCGGAUACAUGCUUGAAGUUGAUGACUGUCAUGUCCCUAGGCCAUUCGCUCAGUGGAUCGCCGACAAUGUCAGCAGAACAGAUGAAUCAAUUGUGCUCAGAGGCAAAUCUAUUCCUCUCAAUGCUGAAGUGGUAUCUUUGGUGCUUGGAAUACCAGCAGGGAGUACCCCAAUCAGCACACUCGACGAGGAGAUUGGCAAAACUGAGUUUCUCUCCUUGUUUGGACUAACGGAAGUGCCUUCAAUAAGUUUCUUCGGCAACAAGUUAUUGACUGAAGAAUUCUCAGAUGAAGAAUAUAUACGGUGCUUCUUGAUAGUUGCCCUUGCAACAUUUCUAUGCCCUACAUCCAACACCAAACCUAGCACAAAGUAUAUGGGAGCUCUAGUGGAUGUAUCAAAUCUGAAAAACCUCAACUGGUGCAACUUUGUCCACGAUUGGGGCAUGUGUUAUGUAAAGAAGAAUCAGAAAGAUAAGAUAAAGGAGAAACGGAUAACAACAACUUUGGGUGGCUGCAUAUACCACCUAGCAGUUCGCUGUCUAGACUUCAACAAUUUUGGAGCUAUAUCCAUACCCACAGUAAUGCCAAGGAUUUGCUUUUGGAAAGGUCAAACUGUGAAACACUUCAGCGACAUGCUUAUUGGCAAAGAUGGACUAUAUGGAGCUCUGGAAAUAAAAGAUGAGGUGGAAACAUGCUACGCGGACAAAGCUGCUGCAUGGGCCAGUACUGCAAAAAAUUCUAACAUAAGAAAAGCUAUUGAAAGGGUUUUAGGGAACUCCUUUCCAGAUAAUGUCAAGGAAGAUAUUUUUCUUAAUUUCCAUGAGCGCAUGAAGGAUGAAAACUUGAGAACAUGUUUGAUAGCAAAGCAAGUGUUGCUUGAUACACUGCACAUCAUCUCCUCUUCAUUGAAUGGCUCACAAGAAACUAUCAAGUUAGAGUCAAGCCAGAAUAUGCACAUGCAAACCAACGAAGGAAUUUUGUCUCGUAGCACUGUCCGACUUGAUUCUAAUGGGUCCGAAAUAAAUAGUGAUCAAAGUCAGACAAAGAAGAGAACAAAAAGAAGCUCACAGGAGUCCACAACCUCAGCAGUUCAGAAAGCAGUGGUCCAAGACAAAAUAAAGGAAAUUUUCCAUGGAGUUGAGAAUGGAGAUGGAUUUUCAACACCGAUAGCACAGUCAACUCACGCCGAACGCAAUAAAGUUGUUGAGCCAGCUGCAGAGAUACCAACUAUUGAAAUUGCUGGAACACCCAUCCAGAAUCCAGAGGUGAAAAGAACACAUACAGAAGCAAAGAUACAUGAACCCACUCAGGAACAAGAUAUUACUGAAAACAAUGGACCAGAAAAGAGCUCGAGCCUGAGUUACAUGUUAGCAGCUAAUCUUGCAACUGUAUUGGAUACUACAGCCAGAGACAUCCAUUUAAGGCAGGAAUACACUGAACACGUAGCACCAUUUUUCUCAGGUUUUCAAGAUAAUGUUGUUGCUACAGAGGUACACACUUUUAUUAAGUGUGUAGACCCCCUGGGAGGGGGGGCCGUCGGCUGUGUAGCAGGGGAGGAGGGAGGCGCCCAAGGCUGUGUUGUUGCUGCCACAAUAUCGACAGCAAUAUCAAGCCUCUGGGCAAGGUUGAGUGUGUUGUUUCUUGUGGGCUCUUGCGAUUUUUUAUGAAGCCAUCCAUCCAAGUUACCAUUGGGCAUGAACUCAAAAACCAAUGCCUUGAACUCUUGACCUUGGUGAUUGAUGCUCGAACAAGAAGUAAUGAUCUUAAUGAUACAACGAUGUCGUAUCCUUCUCAUGGCCUCACAUUCAGCCUCAAAACUCUUGGAAUACCUAGCAAAUACUUUGACAGCCAAUGUUCUUUCUUCAGUGUCCAAAACACACUUAUAAACCACACCAUAACUUCCUCCGCCAAGCAAGUUGACUUCUGAAAAUCCGUUAGUUCCUCUCAUUAAUGCCUGAUAGGGGAUUCUCUCAUAAUGGUCAUCAACAAUUGAAUUGUGUGCUAAUGUAUUCUGGCUUGGUUUGAGCUUCUUGGAAAGUAUCCAAACAAUAAGAAUAACUGAAAGUAAGAACAAGAUUGCUCCAGCUAUAGCUAGGAAAAUUACAAGAGACAUUGGCAUCUUUUUUUUGUUCUUGCUUAAGGGGCUUUUGGAGCAUGGAGCCAAACGAAGUUGAGGUGUACCACCACACAAAUUGAU